AUGGAUGCGUGGAUCGACGAAGGGGUAGAUCGGUCUAGCUUUAUGUGGAGUAAGUUGGUGCCAAAUAAGUGCAACAUUUUCAUGUGGCGGGCGUUUUUGGAUCGGCUUCUUACUAGGAUGGCGUUAUCAAGACGAAAUAUUAUGGUUGAUAAACUUUUUUGUGUAUGGUGCGAGACCAGUGAUGAAUCAAUAGAACACGUUCGCACAGGUUGUCGGGUUUCAGCUGGAAUUAGGAAUGCUAUUACUAAUUGGUGCUGGAUACCAGGUAUGUUCGUCUUCCAUGUUAAGGAUUUAGUGGAGUUUCACGAGCACUGCGGUGUGUCUGGUAUAUACAAGACGGUUAUUCAUGGGAUUAUUAUUAUUAUUGCGUGCUGGAGGAUGUGGAAGGCGAGGAACGAUAAAGUUUUUGCUAAUAAAGAUACUAGUGUCGCAGAGACGGAAGCGGAUAUCAAGUCUUUGGGUUUUUUGUGGUAUAAGCAUAGAUUAAAACAAGGAGUGGUAGAUUGGGAUAGAUGGAUUAAAUUUAAUCUGAUGUAA